CUGGGUCAGGUCUUGUGAUUGCGCGCCUUCCGGACGGAUCCUGGUCUGCACCUUCGUGUAUCGCAACGGGUGGACUUGGAUGGGGUUUGCAAGCAGGAGCAGAUAUCACCGACUUCGUCGUUGUUCUCAACUCUGAAGAUGCCGUUCGGGCUUUCUCUAUUGGGGGAAAUGUUACAAUUGGAGGGAACAUCAGUGCUGCUGCAGGCCCGAUAGGCACUGGGGGAAGUGUACUCGCAAGCUUGGCUCACCCUGCACCUAUGUUCUCGUAUUCAAAAUCGAAAGGACUUUUCGCUGGUGUAUCACUUGAAGGAACUGUACUCAUAGAACGCAAGGAUGCCAACAAGGACUUUUACGGUUCACCGGUACCGGCUAAAGACAUCUUGACUGGUCGUGUGCCACCUCCAGAGGUGGCCAGUAAGAUGUAUGAGAUUAUAGAAGCUGCGGAGGGACUGGACGAAAGUGGUUUGCCGGCAGAGUCAUACAUACCACAAGAUCAGAAUGUACCAAGUGGGGGGAACGCGCCAAGUGGACAAAUG